GUUCUUGUUGGGGAGUGAGCUGCCUGAGCUCAGCUGUCCGCAGCACAGAUUUCUUUUCUCGGCCAAACUCGCGAUGGACGGCCCGGUCGCUCAGCCUCUCCGUUCGGGCCUACGUUAAACACAACCCUGCUCCGGAUGCAUAUCAGUUUUGGAGGGAUUUGACCAAGCCUGAAAGAACUUCCAUAAAAAAGUUCAGGGAUUUUGUGGAGUUCAAAGACUCAAGUAUGAGCCCCACGAAUGCCACAAAUCACCUUCUUCAAAGGAUUAUUUCCCGUAUGCCAUUUUAGCAAAGGAACACAUAAUCACCAGACGAUUGGAUCAUCGAGCCUUUAUUUUUUUUUGGGUGAUAAUAAAUGUGUUGGUCUGCGUGGGGAUGUUUAUGAAAGAGUCCUCGACUACCUUUGCCCCUUUGUUUCUAAAUAAGUAACCUGAUGAGAGUCCCAAGAGUAUCUCUACUAGGGUUCUAAUAACGUCAACAUGAGUAGUACUUUAGGCAAAGAAAUAGAUUCAAAAGAAAAGGACCCCAAAGGCGGUCUGACAGGUAAAGAAAGGGAAAAGGAGGCCAAGGCUCUAGCCAGCUUAGUCAAAGACGGUGGCAAAGAAACAAAGACCAAAGGGAAAGAUGCCAAAGAAGGAAGGAAGGACACAAGCAGCUCAACACCUGGUGUUGCCUUCUCUGUUGACAAUACAAUUAAGCGGCCAAACCCGGCACAAGGUGGACGCAAGAAAUCUAGUAACGCAGAAGUCACUAAAGAUGUCAAUAAGUGUCGGGAGGAGAAGUCUGAGAGACUGGACCUCUCUAAACGGUCCCUGCAGAGUUUGCCCCCCUGCAUAAAGGAGCCGACUCAGUUGCUAGAACUCUACUUGUACAGCAACAAACUACAGAGCCUACCAGCUGAGGUGGGUUGCCUAUCAGGCCUGGUCACUUUAGCGCUCAGCGAAAACUCCUUGACCAGUUUGCCUGAUUCCUUGGACUCCCUGAAGAAUCUCCGAAUGCUUGACCUGCGGCACAACAAGCUCAGAGAGAUUCCACCCGUCGUCUAUCGGCUGACGUCUCUGGUCAAGCUCUACCUGCGUUUCAAUCGCAUCACAACAGUGGAGAAGGACAUUCGAAACCUGUCCAAGCUCACCACGCUGAGCAUCCGCGAGAACAAGAUUAAGCAGCUGCCUGCAGAGAUAGGGGAGCUAUGCAGCCUCAUAACCCUGGAUGUUGCCCAUAAUCAGUUGGAACAUCUACCAAAGGAGAUUGGAAAUUGCACACAAAUAACCAACCUGGACCUGCAGCACAACGAACUCUUGGACCUGCCAGAGACUAUAGGCAAUUUAGCAAGCAUAACUCGUUUAGGUCUGCGAUAUAAUCGAUUGUCAGCGAUCCCCAGAUUGUUAGCCAAGUGUCGGGAACUGGAGGAGCUAAACCUUGAAAACAACAACAUUUCAAUGUUGCCAGAAGGGCUGCUGUCAAGUUUGGUAAAGCUGACGAGUCUGACGCUAGCGAGGAACUGCUUCCAGUCGUACCCUGUAGGGGGGCCUUUGCAGUUCGCCACCAUUUACACCCUCAACAUGGAGCACAACCGCAUCAAUAAGAUCCCAUUUGGCAUCUUCUCCAGGGCCAAAGUGUUGAGCAAGCUAAACAUGAAGGACAACCAGUUAACGUCUCUGCCAUUGGAUUUUGGCACAUGGACUAGCAUGGUUGAGCUUAACCUGGCUACUAAUCAGUUGACUAAGAUUCCAGAAGAUGUCAGUGGUCUUAUCGCUAUAGAGGUGUUAAUAUUGUCCAAUAACCUCCUCAAGAAGUUACCACAAGGUAUUGGGAAUCUGAAAAAGCUACGAGAGCUUGACCUUGAGGAAAACAAGCUGGAAUGUCUACCGAACGAAAUCGCUUACCUGAAAGAUUUACAGAAACUGGUGUUGACAAAUAAUCAGCUGACUACGUUACCCAGAGGCAUCGGCCACCUCAUCAGCCUGACUCAUCUGGGUUUGGGGGAGAAUCUGCUGCAGCACCUUCCAGAGGAGAUCGGCACGCUGGAGAAUUUAGAGGAACUUUACCUCAACGACAACCCCAAUCUGCACAGCCUUCCGUUCGAGCUGGCCCUCUGCAGUAAGCUAUCCAUCAUGAGCAUCGAGAACUGUCCUCUCACCCACCUGCCACCCCAGAUUGUUGCAGGAGGUCCUUCUUUCAUCAUCCAGUUCCUCAAGAUGCAGGGACCCUACCGUGCCAUGGUCUGAGCUGAGAGCAGCUUGUUGCCGUUCAGUUCAACUUCAAACCCUCUGCUUACUCUGCGUCCUUUCGCCUGCCUGCCUGCCUGACCCCAGUGCGUGUAUCAUACACUGUAAAGAAAACAGACUCAUUACAAUCAUUGCCGAGGGCACCCACAGACGGGGAGGUCGAUGAGAAUAACGUUUUGUUCUCCGUCAUUGCGCAGGAGUAAGGCAUGUCUUUGGAGCUUUUUGCUUUACUCCACAGAUCAUUCUGGUCAUCUAUGACAUCGGCCACAAAACAGAACUCCUCUUUCAUUCCGAGUCAUAAAUGAGGAAACUCUUUCCACCUGAUUGCCAAAACUGAAGUUCUAUAUAUUAACUCUGAGCUAGGAGGCGAGUCCUUCAACUUUUUAAAUCACGCUCCCAUUGCCAGUGUAAAUACAGUAAUUACAGCAUCUUAUGUGAGCAAGGAUACAAUUGUAUGCAAAAAUGACAAAAAAACAACAACAAGUCUUUGGAACUUUUUGUUUACUGCUGCUGCUGUAAUUUUAAACUGUCAUCUUGGUAUUCUUUCUUUUGAUACUCUGGUUUUUCUUUCAUUUUUAAACAUAAUCUUCCCUAUUAGUAACUUAUGUUUAUUGUUUUAUGACCGUCGAGAACAAAGGUCUAAAUAUGAUUAUAUGAUAUAAUUUGUUUGUUUUACCUUUGAAAUGAUUUUUUUUAAAGAACUGUGCCUAAUAUGUUUAGAGUGAUCCAGGGGUUCAUUUCUAAACACGAUUCUUCAUAAAAAUACAACAUAAAUUAUUGCAACACUUAAUUGCUACUGUUUUAAAUUUAUGUUUUUAAGUGUAUCUUUUGCAUUAAUCCAUCAUGCAAGCGAUAUCGGUUGUAAAAUAUGAAGAUUUGAGACCUUUUUAACAACUAGCAGCAGUAGGUGUUCAUCGGUAAGCUAGUCAUGUAUACAUAUGAUAAAUACCAAUCAUUCAUGCUAAAACAAAAUGUUUUAUUUCUUUUCCAUGAAGAGCAGCGAGUUGGCUCCCGGAUAUUGGGUCAGGUCGGGGGAAGGGGCAUCAUAAAACAUAAGGUACAUGGGGUAAACCAUGGAUGUUUUAUACAUGUAUACAAUUUCUGGUUGUUGCCUUGAGUGCAAUUUUUAUUUCUGUUUACUUGUUUGAUGUUCUCUCCAGUGUUGGACUCUAUAGCCAUCAUCUAGUUGAUCAUUGACCAACAUAUCAAGCAUUUUUAAAGACGUUUUCUGAGUCUGGAGCGAGCGGCGAGUGUAUCUGAGCUUCAAAAAGAUUUGAUAAUAAAACAUUGACAGGUAAUUCAAUUACAUAUAUUUUCUUUUUUUCCUGUAAUUUUCUUUGCUUCUUUUGAUGGGAGUGCUAAAUUUUAAUUGUAUACCCAUUUUUCUUUUUUAAAAUGAUGUAGAUUUGAUGUUUUUGAAUCAGGUUUUUGCUGCUUUUAUGCCCCCUUUUUUUAUUUCAUUUGCAUCGUUAUUGAGGCAGACCCACAAGAGCCUCGCUCUUAUUUUUAUUAGGGCCGUGUUUUUUCAAACAAGCUCGCUGUCCCUAAGUGUAAAAGUGGACAUUAAAUAUUUUAAAAUGUUCACAUUUGAAUCUAAAAUUUUCACAGUAGGGGCUUUUUAUUCCCCCUAAACCUGUUUUCAUUGCAAUAAUCGCCCCAACAAAAACAAAUGUUGGUUUUGUUUUCAGCCCAAAUUAGUUCCACACCCAGCUUCGUGCUUUCUACUUUCUUGGUGUUUUAGCGAGCUGUGUCCAGUCUCAUCCAGACAGGUGGGAAAGCUACGGCUCAUCCGGGUCAGGUUGGAUUUUUCUUUUUUUCGGAUGGGGGUUAAACAUGAAAUGCUGCUUCUGAUUACCAGCAGAACCUGUUGCUGCUUCUCAUUGACUCAAACAUUUGCUGUUGAGGACGGACGGAGCAGCGCAGGGAGGAGGUGGGACAACGACCCGCUCCCUAUCCACAGAUUUCACCGGGAACUCGCUGACCCGUCAUCCCCUGGAAACCCUGGUGGUUUUAAACGCAGAUUAAAUCGUUGGGACCCAACGAUGAAACAACACAAACAAGGUGCAUUUUUGAGCUUGACGCAGUUCUAGUACAAGACUGUCAGAAAAAGGACAAACCAAUUGUAAAAAGGGCUUUCUGUGUUCACGCUCAACAACACACUAGAGGCAUUGCAUUCCUGGGUUUUCUAUAAAAGCUUUGGAAGUUUCUUUUAUUUGUCUGUGUGUGUGUUUACUUUUAGCAGUUGUCUGAAAAAUGCCUUCAACGAGUACUCAAAGUGAGAUGUGCAUUAGGUGUGCAGCGUUGAGUGCUGUGACCCGUUUUUACAUUCACUCCUACUUUAUUCACGUGCCAUGUUGCAACACGGUGAACACCAGAGUGCGACGGCUGCAGGAGAUGAGAUUCCACCCCUCAGACUCUGGAAUGUGUAAUAAAACGUGGAAGAGGUGGAGAACGGCUCAGAUGAUGGUGUCCCUGCAUCAAAGCAAUGAUGGAUCCAGAAAAAAGUUUCUCUUGUAGGCCAUGAGCGGUGUCAUCUUGCUUCUUCUUUCUUAUUUCUGCAACCUGACAUGCUCCUGCCUGUUUUUCUUUCUUUUUUUUUUUUUUUUUGAGCAGCAAGCAUGUUUAUCUGACGUGAUCUGGUUGGGUCACAAUCGGGCGUUUUUGCAUAGAAGACUUAGUAGCUCUUUAAUGUUCCUGCAAAUGCUCCCUUUUUUGUAUAUUGCAAAGGGUGUCAAGGCAUUGUGUGCCAAUGCUUCUACUUAAUCUCCAUUGACGAGCAGCCUUAAUGGUCUUUUUUAUGUGUUUGUUUGGCUAUUCCUCGUGUCUAUGGCCACUGACUGUACUUGAUGACAAGCAACUGGUCGCUACAAUGUAAAUUUGAAACCUGUUUCCCUUUUUUUCUUUGACUCUGUACAGUAAUCUGAUGUUACGCUAGACUCAGUAUUACAAAAUCUGUUUCUGUGAAGUUUUAUAUAAAAAAACAACCAACAGAGUACACUGAAAGAAGAUGCCAAUAUGCUACGAUAUGGUGGAUGUACAUGAGCUUAUGUCUCACACAUCUGUGGCAUUAAAGGGGAAUUCCACCAAAACUGACUUGCAUUGUUGCUUUGUAGAAAUGUCCACCAUUCGAUUUUAAAGUCACCUGGGGUGAAGAUCGUCUCGCGUUGAUAUGAAGAUCAAAGAAGACGUUUUCAGAGGAUUAGAUUAUCUCAGCCGUUAAAGCACGCAGCUUCAUAAACAACCACUGUUGUAGUUAAACCCAAUUUCUUUAUGGACCGGCCUUUUCAUGCUGCCCACUUUUUAUUGCAUCACUCACAUGCUUCUAUUUUUUCUCUAUACAUGACACACCUUAUUCAAUUCAAUUCAAAAAUACUUUAUUAAUCCCAGAGAGAAAUUGAUUAAUGUGCAGCAAGCAAGCAGGACCUUCAUGACAAUCUCAGGAGAUUCCAGUGUGUUUUCUGGCUUCCUCCCAAGUCUUCAGGCUUGGUUGUGAAUGCUGGACUUGAUCCUUGCUGCCCUGUUGUAAAUCUGAUGUCCUCAGACCAAAGUUGCUCCUCAGUCGAUUGAACAUGCCUACAUCCAGUCAUGUUCAGUGUGUACAUAAUAAACAGACAUAUUUACAACAUUCA